ACAGGAACACCUCCCUCUCGCUCUUCUCUCUCCCUGCAAAAGGCCUCUCUCUCUGACCCUUGCCUGGGGCAUGGAUCCUCGUAUGUGGCACCGAGUUGCUGCUGUCUCUGGAGUUGCUGCUCUUGCCCUUGGCACCUAUGGAGCACAUGCCUUUAAGCCCAAAAAUCCAGCUUACAAAGAUGUUUGGCAUACUGCAUCUCUCUACCAUUUGGUCCAUACGGCCGCCUUGCUUGCAGCUCCAAUCACCAAGCAUCCAAACAUUUUUGGAGGUUUAUUAACAACUGGGAUUCUGGCAUUUUCGGGGACUUGUUACACCGUGGCCUACCUCGAAGACAGAAAGUACUCUUCUCUUGCACCGUAUGGUGGUUUUGCUUUCAUUGCUGGAUGGGCAUGCCUGCUUUUCUAGGGAAAUGACUUCCCAGAUAGCAGCAUUGGAAACCACCAUCAGAUCCAACAAAUGCAUCUGGAGUUUUGGAUGAUGGAAACUGAAAGUAAGCUCUUUACACUCUGUGAUGUUUUGGUAUUCAGACACUCAGUUAACAGAAAUUAUUACUUCUUUUUUUUUUUUAAGGAUAAAAAUUCACAGAAAUUAUUACUUUCGUUUAUUAUUAUAGACAUGCUUUCGAUAUCAAUCUCAAGGAUAUAAUAAUCAUAUAAAACUCAA